GGCGAGUGCACGUAGCUUUCCCUCCCUCUCCCUCUCCCUCGCCCCGUCGCCUCUCCCUCCUUUCUGCCGGUAAACUCCCGGCUCCCGAGCCGCAGCCGCAAAUUACCCACCUCGACGUACCCGACACCGGCUGCCAAAUCUCCAUCCGCUUCUUCCCCGCUCCCGCUCCCCAGGUCGAGGAGGGGGCUGCUCGCCACCCGCCUUGCUCGCUACACUGCACGACGCUCUUUGGUGCUGGUGCCGCUACUCUCCUUCCCGAGUUCCUGACGACUCACGAGGAGGGCGUUGCCCGCCUGCCUGCCCGUCUGUGCUUUGGCGAUUCGGGCGCUUGGGCUUGGACUCGGAUCCGCGUGUGCCUGCCUCCGGACGCGCGCGAGGUUCGGGCGCCGGAUUUGGGGACGGAUCAUAGCAGAUCUGGAGGCACAUGAGGCGGCGGCGGCGAAGGGGUAGCGGGAGCGGGAGCGAUGCGGUGCUUCUGCGAAGGACUUGAGCCGGCCUGGGAAGGUGAUCCUGGAGGAGGUGGCGGCGGCGGCGGCUGCGGAGGCGGAGGGGGAGGAGGAGGUUGGAGGAGGGAUGGAGGACGUCGUAGCGGUCGUGGCGCCGCUACCCGCGCCGCCGGCGCCGACGUUUAGCCCCGCCGCGGCGGGGCUCACGCUGAUCGCUGCGGCAGCGGCGGACCCGAUCGCAGCGGCGGUCGUGGGAGCCAUGGAAGGGGUGUCCGUGCCCGUGACUGUGCCCCCGGUCAGGACGGCGUCGGCGGUGGACGACGACGCGCUGCCGCCAGAAGGGGAAGGGGAAGGGGGAGACGCGUCUGUGGCCGGGAGCCCGUGCUCGGUGGCCAGCGACUGCAGCAGCGUGGCCAGCGCUGACUUCGAGGGGGUUGGGCUGGGUUUCUUCGGCGCGGAGGGUGGGCCCAUGGUGUUCGAGGACUCGGCCGCGUCCGCGGCCACGGUCGAGGCGGAGGCCAGGGUCGCGGCUGGUGGGAGGAGCGUCUUCGCCGUCGACUGCGUGCCGCUCUGGGGCUACACCUCCAUAUGCGGCCGCCGGCCGGAGAUGGAGGAUGCCGUUGCUAUAGUGCCGCGAUUCUUUGACGUGCCGCUCUGGAUGCUCACCGGCAAUGCGGUGGUCGAUGGGCUCGAUCCCAUGACGUUCCGCUUACCUGCACAUUUCUUUGGUGUCUAUGACGGACACGGUGGUGCACAGGUAGCAAAUUACUGUAGGGAACGCCUCCAUGUGGCCCUACUGGAGCAGCUGAGCAGGAUAGAGGAGAACGUGUGUGCUGCUAACUUGGUAGACAUGGAGUUCAAGAAACAGUGGGAAAAGGCCUUUGUUGAUUCUUUCGCUAGAGUGGACGACGAGGUUGGGGGCAAGGCGAUCAGGGGAGGUGGUGGUGAAGCAGGCACAAGUAAUGCUGCUGUGGCGCUCGCGCCAGAACCUGUGGCACCUGAGACCGUCGGUUCAACGGCGGUCGUCGCUGUCAUCUGCUCCUCGCAUAUCAUUGUCUCCAAUUGUGGAGAUUCACGGGCGGUGCUCUACCGUGGCAAGCAGCCCGUGCCUCUGUCGGUGGAUCAUAAACCUAACAGGGAGGAUGAGUAUGCAAGGAUUGAGGCAGAAGGUGGCAAGGUCAUACAAUGGAAUGGUUAUCGAGUUUUCGGUGUUCUUGCAAUGUCACGAUCAAUUGGUGACAGAUAUCUGAAGCCAUGGAUAAUUCCAGUCCCAGAGGUAACAAUAGUUCCACGGGCUAAGGAAGAUGAGUGCCUUAUUCUUGCCAGUGAUGGCCUCUGGGACGUAAUGUCAAAUGAAGAGGUAUGUGAAGUUGCUCGGAAGCGGAUACUUCUGUGGCACAAAAAGAAUGGCACAAGUUCAUCAUCAGCCCCACGGGUUGGUGAUUCCGCAGACCCAGCUGCUCAAGCGGCUGCUGAAUGCUUGUCAAAGCUUGCUGUUCAGAAGGGGAGCAAAGACAACAUCACUGUCGUUGUAGUUGACCUGAAAGCACACCGCAAGUUCAAGAGCAAAACCUAACCAUGAUGGCUUGAUGGACAAUUAUAGCGACAAGUUGCUAGGAACCUAGAUUUGGAGAAUCCAAAUUUGGUCAGUUUAGCACGCUGCCUUAGUACAUUACUUAGCCCAGUUCUUUAUUUUCUCAGUUCUUUUUAAGCCAUUUGGGCUGCCAAGGGCUGUAUUCACCAUAUAUGGUACAGAUUGCGAAAUCCGUGUCAGGGUUUUAUGUUUCCUGACCCUGGUGACGGUCCUGUUUUCAUUCUUCUUUCUUCGUUGCCCUGUAUUCUUUUUGUCUAAGCUGGGCGUCCAUGUAUCUGGCAAUGUAUAUUUGAGCUUGUAGGGUACAAAAGAAACGAAGUGUUAUAAAGGGUCUGUAUCCUGCCUGCCUGAAUUUGGGAAAUCUAUCAAUUGCAUUAGCUGGUAAUACAAGUAUGCACUCGAAAUUUGGAUA